GAAGCUCUCUUCUUGUUUACGAGCAGCGAGGAAGACGAAAAUAUUGUUGUGAUCUUGUGCCUAUUUACACUUCUUUUAGAAUCUUUCGUUUGAUCAGAUUUGAUGGUGGAUUCUCUAUUUCCGAGCUUCGAAACAACCGUUGACGAUGCCUCUCCGGAGUCAAGACAGAAGAGGCGGAAGAUAUCAGAGACGGCGAAGGAGGCAGAGUCAUCAGAGAUCAACCAAGAAAGCUUGAAGAGAUGGAGAACCAAUCGUGUGCAGCAGAUCUACGCCUCCAAGCUCGUCGAAGCUCUGCGCCGAGUUCGUCAGAGAUCCAACGACGGCGGUAAAAUCACAUCCGCCGCACGAGAGAUACACGACACGGCGAACCGAGUUCUCACCGCGUCGGCUCGCGGCACGACACAGUGGAGCAGGGCGGUCUUAGCCACUCGCGUCCGAGCGAGUCUGAAGAAACACAAGAAGGAGAAGUUAGCCGGAACUCCCAAACCGAGAAAAGACACCUCGACGGAGAAGAAGCGAAUUAAACUGCCAGCGGUUGAGAGAAAGCUGAAAAUUCUCGGCCGGUUGGUUCCCGGUUGCCGGAAAGUCACCGUGCCAAACCUUUUAGAUGAAGCGACCGAUUACAUCGCGGCUCUAGAGAUGCAGGUCCGAGCCAUGGAGUCUCUAGCAGAACUCCUAGCAGCCACCGCGCCACGGUCGACGUUGAUCCGACCGUAA